AUGGCGGCUUGGGCGGUGUCGCAGUUCUUGAAGGUCUUGGUACUGGUCAGCGUCGUCCUCUCCAUGCUGGUAACGACACAAGAGCCGCUUGUGGACGUGUCCACCUCGGCUGUGCUGGAGACCUGCUUUGACGUGAUCUUCGUGAUGGAGUUCCUGUGCCGAUGCAUCUCCUCCCCGUCCAAGAGAAUCUACGUCCAAGAUCCCUUCAAUUGGUGUGAUAUGCUCGCUGCGUUGGGGUUGCCCUUGCGUGCGAGCGUGGGCUUCGUGCUCCAGCCGCUGUCUUCACUGGAGGCGCCGACCGUGCAGCAGGUGCUCCUGCUUCUCUUCCUUCCCAUCUUCCGCUUCUUGAAGCUGCUGAGGUAUUUCGAGUCCUUCCACUUGCUGGUGGAUGCAGGGAAGAACUCCAUCGCCGCACUACCGGUGCUCUUCUACACCAUGGCUGUGAUCACUCUGCUGAGCUCCUCUGCCAUCUACCUCGUAGAGUCCAGGGACAACAUCCCCAGCCUCCCGCACUCCAUUUGGUUGGCCCUGGUGACUAUGACGACUGUGGGCUACGGGGACUAUGCGCCAAAAUCGACAGGUGGCUAUUUCGUGGUUGCGACGCUCACCGGUGUCAGCGUCCUUUUUCUGGCUCUACCCGUCGGUAUCAUAGGACACGUCUUUACUGCCUGCUGGGAGAGCCGAGCACAAGUUCUCUUGAUGAACAGAGUACGGAAGUGCCUGGUGAAGUGGGGCUACACCAUCAAAGACCUGAAGAUUCUGGUGGAGUACGUGGAUGCAGACGGAGACGGAACAUUGAAUUUGCCAGAGUUCAUCGAGCUGAUCCGGCAGAUGAGAAUAGGACUUACCUCG